AUGGCCCCUCGUCCUGGGUCUGAUGCUGAUUAUAUCCGAGACAAGGCCCGGAGGGACCUUCUCGACCUCCUCGAAGGCGUCCGGGGUAAGAAGAAUCUAGUUAUAAGCAAAGACCUGGCUGGUCCGGUCGGCCUGUUUGUCAAGUUCUCCGUUCUUCAGGAAUAUGGCGUAGACCGCGUGUUUUUGCUCGAGAAUGCCAAUGUCGACUCCUCCCAACGCAAUGUGGUCUUUUUAAUACACGCAGAGAAGGCGCAUCAGGUGCAGAAGACAGCCGAGCAGGUCAAAAAGCUGCAGCGCAAUGGCACCGUCGAGCACGAGUUCUCCAUUUUCUGGGUACCGCGAAGAACCCUCGUCAGUAACAAGAUCCUUGAGGAGGAAGGUAUAAUCGGCGAUGUGAAUAUCGCUGAAUUCCCCUUGUACUUUCUGCCUCUGGAGCAGGAUGUGCUCUCGCUGGAGCUGGAAGACUCUUUCAGCGAUCUGUAUCUGCACAAGGAUCCAGGCUGUGUAUUCUUAGCGGCGAAAGCUCUUAUGCAGAUCCAGCAGAGACAUGGCUUCUUCCCGCGCAUUGUAGGCAAGGGCGAUAAUGCCAGACGCCUAGCAGAUCUCUUGCUCCGUAUGAGACGUGAGCUAGAUGCCGAAGAGUCUUCUGGUCUUAACGAUCCCUCUGCAAGGGGACUUCUGCCCAGUGCCACGAUCGAUAACCUGAUCAUUAUCGAUCGAGAAGUGGACUUUGGCUCCGUUCUACUGACACAGCUCACGUAUGAAGGAUUAAUAGACGAGUUCGUCGGCAUUAAGAAUAAUCAGGCUGAUAUUGACUCCGCCAUAGUCGGUGCUGCACCGCUUCAAUCAGCGCAGGCUUCAAGCUCGGCUGCUCCUCAGCCAGCACCAAAGCCAGGCACCAAACGAAAAAUCCAGCUGGACUCCACAGACCAACUGUUCAACCAGCUGAGAGACGCCAAUUUCGCGAUAGUGGGCGAUAUACUCAACAGGGUAGCACGCCGUCUGGAAAGCGACUACGAAAGUCGUCAUGCAGCGAAAACAACUCACGAGCUUCGCGACUUUGUGAAUAAGUUGCCGGCGUAUCAGCAAGAACACCAAAGCCUCAAGAUUCAUACUAAUCUUGCCGAAGACAUUAUGCGGCAGACGCGCUCAGAUAUCUUUAGAAAAAUACUUGAGGUGCAGCAGAACAAUGCUGCCGGCUCGGAUCCUACAUAUUAUCAUGAGACUAUCGAGGAGCUUAUCGCGAGAGACGUCCCGCUAAAGACUAUUCUGCGACUGCUGUGUCUAGAGUCCUGUAUGUCUGGCGGUCUCCGAUCAAAAGACCUUGAGAACUUCAAGAGGGAGAUCCUACAAGCUUAUGGCUACCAACAUCUGCUAACGUUCCGUGCCCUGGAGAAGAUGGAGCUUCUUCAGCCACGCUCUUCCGCAACUGCCAUGCUAAUCCCGACAGGUGGCGCGCAAACUGGUUCCAAAACGAACUACAGCUACCUCCGAAAGAACCUGCGUCUUGUAGUCGAAGAAGUAAGCGAGCAGAAUCCCGAAGAUAUAUCCUAUGUAUACAGCGGCUUUGCGCCUCUCAGUAUCCGACUGGUCCAAUGCGUGCUGCAGAAGCCAUAUAUUGCUUCGCUUAUUAAGGGGGGCCCAACGCCGGCUGCUGUGAAUACUGCCAGCACUGCUUCACCCGGCUGGCUCGGAUUUGAGGAUGUGGUGAAAAGUGCCCGCGGCUCCACCUUCAGCAUAGUCCAAAAGGGCGACGACAAAGCCGUUCGUGCGCGACAGACUCUCAGUGGCAACGACGCGGUGAAGACCGUGUACGUCUUCUUCCUGGGUGGCAUCACUUUUACAGAAAUUGCUGCCCUGCGAUUCAUUGCUCGCCAGGAAGCGCAGAGAAGAAAGAUCAUCAUCUGCACCACGAGCAUCAUCAGCGGAGACAGAAUGAUGGAGGCGGCAAUUGAGACGCGGGACUUUGCGAAAACAGCAUAG